UUUUACUCUUUUUAUUCUACACCCAAAAAUCACUAGUUCAAUAACCCUAUUAUCUCUUUAAAAUCUGUCCUCUCUGUUCAACUAGAGGGGUUUUUUGAAUCUGAUGGAGUAUUUCAAUUUAUUACCCGAAGAGAUUAAACUAGAGAUUUUAAGUCGAGUCCCGGCCGAAUCGGUGCUCGAAUGCAAAUUGGUAUCCACAAAUUGGAGAAGUCUUGUUCGUCAUACAUCAUUCUCCAAGAUGCAUUUAGAUCAUCAUCUCACUCAUCCUGUCGCUGAUUCUGAAAUUAAGAGAAUUAGAGAGGAUCACGGGGCGAGAGGAUUUGGUUAUGUUGAUUCAACCAAUGAGUACAAAAUUGUAAGAAUAAUGUUCGAGGAUGAGUACGUGACCAAGUUUGUGGAAGUUUACAUAUACACUCUAGGGAGUGGAAAUGGAUGGAGAAACAUUGGGAAGUUCAGUUCAGGAACCAGAGAACAUUGGGGAGUAGGUGUACAUUUCAGUGGAGCUCUUUAUUGGAUGGACUAUAAAGUAAAAAUGAUAGUUCCCUUCCAUUUAGCUGAGGAAAAGUUUGGUAAACAUCUUUCACCACCACCUGCUUUGCCAAACAGAGAUUUUGAUGAUUUUUAUCAACUAGGGGUUUUGGAUGGGUGUUUGUAUUUUGUUAUCAAAUUGAUUCUAAGUGGAUCUUGGGACGUGUGGAUAUUGAAAAAGAAGGAUGAUAAUCAUGACAUGAAAGAGCGAGAGGGAUAUCAAUCACUGGGUUGGAGUCAAGUGGUUAGGGUUUAUGACAGUGAUCGUAGCGAAUUGCUUGCGCUCACAAAGAGUUACACUGUCUUAACUUACACGCCCGAACAUAUCUACGUUCACGACCCAGAAGUUUCAACCUCGGAAAUGAUUGUGGAUUUUAAUGAAUAUAUUCGUGAAGUAUUCCCUCACAAGAACACCUUAGUUUCAUUGAAAGAAUUAUGGGAAUAAGAUACAAAGAUAAUGGAGUGAUUUGAAAUUGUGGGGACAGAAAGCAGUGAUCACCCUUUCAACCAGCUGUCGGAGUAUAAACUGGUAAUCUUCAUUCAUUUUGAAAUUAGAUAACGAGUAACCUCCGUGUGAACCUAAAUCCUAGUGACAUUGUCAUAUCAUCGAGUAAUGCAAUCUAUACUUAUUACAUUCUAUCAGUAAUACUGCUGUUACUUUAUCAUCGAGUGUUUCUUACUUUCUUAUUUUAGAGUUAAGCUAUGUAACUAUGUUGCUUUGUUACCUUUGCACUUUGUUUGUGACUUGACCUUAUCUCAAAGUGAAUAUAAUCUGUAUUUUAGUAACUUAUUUUGUUUAUGCAUGGGAGUCAAAUAAGUAUUAGUGAAAUGAUUGCA